AUGUCUAAGAAAAUAAAAACAAUGAAUUGGCAAAGUGUUUCAUUAGAAGGAUUCCCCGUAAAUAUGUCGGAUAAAUUCGAAGGUUUUGUGGGCUUAGAAGAGUGUACCGAUUAUGGCCUGGAUAAAGGCAAUAAAACAACAAAAAAGAAAAAAGAACCAAAAAAGCGAAAGACACAAGAAAAUAAGCCAGAGAAAGAAAAUUGUGUACCAAAUAAAAAAAUUAAACUGAGCAAUGGUUUUAUUGUAGAAUCUUGUGAAGCAGUCAGUCCAUCAUUAACUAAUGAAGUCACAGUGAAUAAGAAGAAGAAAAAUAAAUCUCAAUCAGAAAUCAAAGUCGAAAGUGUAAAAAAAUAUGCUAAAAACAUUUCUAAACAAAAACUUAAACUAGGCGAGAAUAUAAAAGAUGACAAAUCUGAAUUAACACCUGAAGAUAUGUUGACCUGGGCUGAGUUUAAGUUGCCUGAGGAAAUUGUAAAAGCUUUAAUGGAGCUGGGUUUUAAACAGCCAACAAAAAUACAGCAAUUAUCAUUACCUGCAGCAAUUCAUGGACGGCGAGACAUUCUAGGAGCAGCAGAAACUGGUAGCGGAAAGACACUUGCAUUUGGUCUGCCAAUUCUCUCUGGUAUCAUGAAGCUUAAAGAAAAGGCUAAAUUAAAAAAUUUAGAUGUAUAUGAAAUACCAUUUAAAAAAACCUCAGCGAAGAAGAAACAGCUAAAUAUCAAUGAAAAACCACAAAAAAGGACUAGAAGAAACAACAAAAAUAGCAAGAAAGUUCAGGCAAAAGAAUCAUCAGAAGGUUACAGUAGUGGCGAUGAAAGUGAUAGUGUAAGUAAUGAAGAUAAUGCUGGAAAUGAAAAAAAAGAUACUCCUAAUAAAUCAGAUGAUUUUGUUGAAGAAAUAGAAAUCCCGUUCAAAAAACCAAUUGAAGUAGAUGAAGGAAAUGAUAGUGAUAGUGAUAAUGAAUAUGUACAUUUAUCAGAAAUGUUUGAUUCUGAUGAUUUGGCAUCAAGUGAUGAUGAAAAUAAAAAUGAUGAAAGUAAUCUAGACAUAAGAUCUGAUGAACAGGAUGGAAUUGAUGAAGUGGAUAAAGAUGAAACAGGAAUUGGGUGUGUCAAAGUACUUGAAGGUUCUGAUAUACCCCAACAAGCAUUAGUGAAGACGGGAAAACCACUGUAUGCCUUAAUAAUAACACCUACUAGAGAAUUGGCCAUUCAGAUCAGUCAGCAUUUGAUUGCUGUUGCUAAAUAUACUGGCAUAAGAGUUGCAACAAUAGUGGGUGGAAUGGCGGCUGUGAAGCAAGAGCGUGUUCUAAAAGCAUCUCCAGAAGUAGUUGUAGCAACACCAGGGCGAUUGUGGGAGUUGGUGAACCAAGGAGAACCACAUUUACAACAAUUGCCUUCUGUCAAAUUCUUAGCUAUAGACGAAACGGAUAGAAUGAUAGAACGAGGUCAUUUUGAUGAGUUGGAACCGUUGUUGGAAAGACUCAAUUUGGAGGAGAGUUACAAAAAUGCAAGACAAAAUUUCGUUUUCUCAGCUACCCUCACAAUGGUACAUGAUUUACCGUCACAUAUGAAAGGAAAAAAGGUAACAAAACGAGGUAAAAUAAUUAACCGCAAAAUAGAGAAGAUGACUCCGCAACAGAAGAUUAAAAGGCUUAUCACUAUGCUGGGUAUGACAGACCCCAAAGUUGUUGACAUUACUACGCAGAAUUUAGGUACGGCUGAGACCUUAACUGAAUGUCGUAUAGCGUGCUCAUUGGAGCAGAAGGACGCGUACCUCUAUUAUAUAUUGAGACGUCAUCCCGGCAGGACCAUAGUGUUUUGUAACUCUAUCAAUAGUGUUAAACGAUUGGUACAAAUAUUGACAUUACUGAAAUGUCGCACAUUACCGCUACACGCGAGUAUGCCCCAAAGGCAGAGAUUGAAAAAUUUGGAGAGGUUUCGAGAUGAUCCGCACGGAGUCCUAAUAGCAACAGACGUGGCCGCUCGAGGUUUGGACAUACCCAACGUUGACCACGUGGUUCACUACCAAGUACCGAAAACUGCUGAGAACUACGUACACAGAAGUGGUAGAACAGCUCGUGCGCACAAGGAAGGGCUCACAAUCCUCAUGAUGGAGCCAUCUGAAGCGUACACCUACUCGAAAUUGUGUAGGACGCUUAAUAAAACAACGGAACUAGCGAAUUUCCCAAUACCAACAUCGAGUAUAACAGUACUGAAAGAAAUGAUUAACCUAGCUCGGGAAAUAGAAGUGUUGGAGUUGCGCAAGCGGCGAUCGACACAGGCCCUCGGUUGGCGGGAAAAGGCCGCUCGAGAAAUGGAUAUUAUUAUUGAUGACGAUGAUGUACCGGUAAAGGAGAUAGAUCCGAAGUUAGAUAGAGAGCUACACAACAAAAAGAAACGGCUAGAGAGCAUGCUGUCUCAGCCGAUUUUCCCUAAAGGCUUCUCCUACAAGUAUCCCACGUUGAAUAAUGUCAACGCUUUGCAGCCAGCUACUGAGGAGAAAGCCUUAGAUCUUAUGAAGAAAGCAUUAGAAACGGGUGAAUUGAAGAAAGAAAAAAGAAAGGGAAAGAACCAGUCUUUAUUGCAAUUAGAGAAAUCUUUUAAGAAAUAA